AUGGCUGCUUCUUCGAAUAUGAAAAGGAAUUAUCAUGUGUUCCUCGGUUUCGGAGGACGGAUGUCCGCCAAGGCUUCCUCUGUCAUCUCUGCGGCUCUGGACCAAAAAGGAAUAUCCACUUUUGUGGAUAGCGAGGAGCUUAGGAAAGGAGAGGAAAUAUCGUCGGUGCUCAUGAGGGCAAUUGAGGAAUCGCAUGUUGUGAUCAUCAUUUUCUCUGAGCACUAUGCUUCCUCAUGGUGGUGCUUGGAAGAGCUCUUGAAAUUCAUGGAGUGCAAGGAGAAAAACGGCCUGAUUGUGUUCCUUGUGUUUUACAAAGUGGAACCAAGGGAAGUGAGGAAAGGGAGGGAGAGCUAUGGGAGAGUUAUGGCUAAGCAUGAGUUCAAGUUCGGUAAGGAUUCGGAGAAAGUGAAGAGAUGGAAGAAGAGUCUCUUUGAAGCCGGUAGCUUGUCUGGGUGGGAGUUGAAUGACAGGUCUAUGGGGACCUGGGGCAUAGGAAAGACAACGAUUGCUAGGGCCCUAUAUAAUGCUAUUGAGGCACAAUUUCAGGGUUGUAGCUUUUUGGAGCGAGUAAGAGAAAAUUCGAACCAAAGCAGAGGUCUUGUUGCUUUGCAAGAACAACUUCUAUCUCAGAUCUUAUCUCCUAAAAGCUUAACGAUCUAUAGUGUCGACGGAGGAAUUAGUUUGAUACGAGAAAGGCUAUGUUGCAAGAAGGUUCUUUUGGUUCUUGAUGAUGUUGAUCAGUUGAACCAACUACAAGCAUUAGCUAGAGAAGGCAAUUGGUUUGGAGAGGGAAGUAGAAUUAUUGUUACAUCAAGAGAUAAACAUUUGCUAACUUGUCAUAAAAUAAGAUGUGUGUAUGAAGUUGAAGCUUUAAAAAAUGAUGCAGCACUAGACCUUUUUGGUCGAUAUGCCUUUUCAGAUAGCAAGAAAGUUCAAAUAAGUAGGGAUCUCAUUGAUAGAGCACUACAUUAUGCUAAUGGCCUUCUGUUAGCCCUCAAAGUGUUGGGCUCAUUCUUAUGUGGAAGAAAUGAAGCUGCAUGGGAAAGUGCAUUGCAUAAGCUCUCCAAAAGUCCUGAGCAAACUAUUAAUCAAGUUCUCAAGACAAGCUUUGAUGGAUUGGAGUACAACGAGAGGGAGAUUUUCCUUGAUAUUACUUGUUUCUUCAAGGGAAAGGAAAAAGAAUACAUCAAGAAAGUUCUUGACGACUGUGGCUUUGACACAACCAUAGGAAUAGAUAUUCUCAUCGAGAGGUCCUUGAUAAAGAAUGAGAAUGGAAUCGUGCAAAUGCAUGAUUUUAUUCAAUUGAUGGGUAAGGAUAUUGUUAAUCAGGAAUGGCCCAAUGAUCCUAGGAAACGCAGUAGAUUAUGGCUUUUUGAAGAUGUUCAAGAUUUCUCUGUGAAGAUAAGAAAUUUGAAGUCCGUGAUGUUCUACGAUUGCAAUUCCUUGGCUAGUAUUCCUGACCUUUCAUUGGUUCCACAUUUGGAAAGCUUCAAGCUUACAAGGGAAAUCUUGGCCGCUGGUUUUGGGGGAAUCGCCGGCGAGGGUUUCAGCGAGGACACCGAGGAGUGGCGCGCGGCGGCGAGGCAACGGGGAGCGUCACGGAGUGCAGGUGCGGCGUCGUGGGUGAGGGACUCGGCGUGGGCGAGAGGCAAGGCGGAGAUGGCGUCGGGGGGCGAGGCAACAAGGAGCGUCAUGGCGGCACGGCGAGACCGGGCGAGCGGUGUCGCGGGCGGGUAG